AUGCAUGACCUAUUGAAGAAGGGAGAUAAGUAUGUCGAUGCGGAGGAAGCGGAGAAAGUGACUAAAAAUCUCAGGGACAGAUGGGAGACGGAAACACAUAAGCGAAAAGCGUAUGAUGAGCGAAGGCACGCUGAUAAGAAUAAGCCGAAGAAUGAACGCAUGAACAAGGGUUAUGCCCAAGACCGGUCGGUCAAGCAGAAGCGAAAGGAGGCCAAGGCACCCACUCCUUUGAACAUCCCAUCAAGAAAAAUCAAAGUAAGUACAACCAUUUUUCACAAAGAUCAUGGACAUGAUACAGAAGAAUGUCUACAGUUGAAGGAAGAAAUUGAGCGCCUGCUAAGGCGGGGACUAUUGGCUAAGUAUGUAAAAAAUGACAGGGACAGGCAAAGGCUCGAAGGACUACCCCCACCAAGGGCCGGAGUAAUAAACAUGAUCAUUGGGGAAGUAGCAUCGAGUGGCGACUCGAAUUCAACUAGGAAGAGCUAUGCGCGUUCCGCAGGGGUCUGCUCUAUCCAGAAAAAAACAAAGUUCAACCAGAGCAUUACUUUCGACGAAGAGGACUUGAUUAGUAUAACGUAUCCCCAUGAUGAUGCCUUAGUGAUAGUAGGUGAUAUAGCAAAUUUUGACGUGAAGAGGGUGCUUGUCGAUGGAGGAAGUGCGGCAAAUGUCCUCACCUGGGAUGCCUUCUUAGGUCUAAAAAUUCCCCCAGAGAAGUUGAAGAUGGUGACUACCCCUCUACAAGGCUUUGAAGGGGCAAGAGUAAUACCGGAGGGAACUGUAGAGCUCCCAGUUACGCUAGGCACAUACCCAGCGACAGUGGUGAUUGUGACUAAUUUCUUGGUUGUCAAGAUCCCCAUGGCCUACAACACCAUCUACGGCUGGCCAUUGCUAAACGCAGCUGGCGCUGUCCCAUCGACCUACCAUCAAAUUAUGAAGUUCCCAACUAGCAGAAGAGUUAGGAGCGUGCGAGGGGACCAGCACGCAUCAAGAAAAUGCUAUGUGAAUAGUAUACAGGCCUAA